CCAUUGACUUUCUUGGAGACUUUUGCCCAUGUCUUCUGGGGCCUGGGCUAGCUCUCUCCUUCUGCUCGCUUUCCCGACUACCCCGCCAUGGGGAUCUGAGCCAGCCCCAGCAAAGCUGAGAGCAGAGAGCCCCUUCCUGGCGCCUGGGCGACUUGAGGUCUGUGCCUGAUCGCUGUGAUCCUGCAGAUAUGGACACUGGAUUCCCCAGCACCCUCUUGCCCGCCUCUCACCAUGCUAAUUCGUGGGCAUAAAGACUUCCUGGCAGAUGUGGUCUACAUUGUCUUGGAGCUGCUCAUCGCGGUGCUGGCCAUCUUGGGGAACGUCCUGGUCUGCUGGGCCGUCUGCCUGAACAGCAACCUCCAGAACGUCACCAACUACUUUGUGGUGUCUCUGGCGGUGGCCGACAUCGCGGUGGGCGUCCUCGCCAUCCCCUUUGCCAUCACCAUCAGCACCGGCUUCUGCGCCUACUUCUAUGGCUGCCUCUUCAUCGCCUGCUUCGUCCUGGUCCUGACCCAGAGCUCCAUCUUCAGCCUCCUGGCCAUCGCGAUCGACAGGAUUAUCGCUAUCCGCAUGCCUCUCAGGUACAACGCUUUGGUGACGGGCUCACGGGCGAAAAGCAUCAUUGGCAUCUGCUGGGUCUUGUCCUUCAUCAUCGGCCUGACGCCCAUGCUGGGAUGGCACAAGCCUGCCUUGGGCAACCAGGGUUCCUCCUCCUCCUCCUCCUCCUCCUCUUCCUCCUCUGCUGGCGUGUGCAGCAACGAGUCCUCUUCCUCCUUCUCAUCCUCCUCCACCACUACAACCCCUUCUGGCAACUGCAGCAGCGACAUGUUGGCCUGCCUCUUUGAGUCUGUGGUCACCAUGGAAUACAUGGUCUACUACAACUUUUUCGCCUGCGUCCUCACACCGCUGCUCCUGAUGUUCGGCAUCUACCUGAAGAUCUUCAUGGCCGCCCGGCGGCAGCUCAAGCAGAUGGAGAACAAGGCGACGCCCGGGGAACGUUCCCGCUCCAUCUUGCAGAAGGAAGUCCACGCGGCCAAGUCGCUGGCCAUCAUCGUCGGGCUGUUUGCCGUCUGCUGGCUGCCCAUGCACACCGUCAACUGCUACAUCCUCUUCCGACGGGGCUGCGGCCGCCCUCCCCUCUGGCUGAUGUACCUCGCCAUCAUCCUCUCCCACGCCAACUCCGUGGUGAACCCUCUGAUCUACGCCUACAGGAUCCGGGAGUUCAGGCUGACUUUCCGCAAGAUCAUCGGGCAGCACAUCCUGGGCAGAAAGCAACGGUUCAAGGGGACCGCGGCCAGCCGGAGGUCCUCUGCUCACGCCGAGGAAGACGGUGAGAGUACCAGCAUGCAGAUCACCAAGUACGCUCUGAACUUCUACGCCGGAGGGGACUUGGAUGGCAUCCACAUGGACGGGGAUUGGGGGAAAACCAAAGUGGGCUUAGAACUGUGCCAGAGCAAGAAGGCGUUGGCCGGGGAGGCAAAUGGCCACGCAGCCCAUCCCUGCAAAAAUGGGGACCUCUCCAAAGCCUGCAGAGACAUGGAGCUGCUGAGCCAAGAGCUGCUGGCGAUUCGGGACUCUUAUGCCGCCGCCCUGGAGACUUCAUCUGUAGAAGCCUCUGAUGGGUCCUGAGGCCCCCUCAGGAUGCAACGUGCGGCUGGAAUGAAUUCUUCCCUCUCCCCGUGGGCUGCUUUCAUUGCAGCAAGAAGGGAGGGAAAGAAGGAGAGAAGGGGAGGGCAAAGGUUUGGGUCCUUGUGGUGGAAGGGGAGCGGUCCCUGACACAACUGACAGAAAGACCUGAAACGGCCUGGGGACAAGGCAGGAAAGGGCCGAGGGGCUUUUUCCCAGCCAAAGGUCAAAGGUGAAGGCAAGAGGAGAUGGGCGGGACACAGAGACACACUCCUU